GAAAACAAAUCGAAAAUAGCUUUUCCAUCGGAUUAAUUUCGGGACGGAACUUCUAAACAAUCGGUAUUGUACGUCUCCGAAAUAAGAUUUACAGCGGGCAGCGGCACAGAGCAUUUAAAUACCUUUAUACAUUUUACUAUAGUAGAGCUUUCCUAGGUUCGACCAUUACUGAGGUCAAGGAUAGUGUUUUUCGGUAGUUCAAUACAAACGGGAUAGGGGUGCCAUAUACGUGCUCCGCUCAGUGUCUUCGCAUGAAUAUAGCGAAAAUAGUAUAGCAAGGAACGGAAUUCGAAUUUGUUCUACAAUUAUAAAUUCAAUUUAAUGGAGCCUGUGGACGGUUCAGUUAUGACGGUAAAGGAAAUUAUCGAAGACACCAGUGCUACUGUGCGGGAGCCCACGAUUUUAUCAAAUGGCAUUGAUACUGACCACGAUCGCUUAACGUUAUCGGAUUCACAAAAGCAAACUGACACUGCGUUAUGUGGUCCUCAAUUCAAUCACACAGACGAAGAGCCGUACAUAUGUGAUAUGUGUGGUAAACUAUUUAAUAGCCAACGGAAAAUGACAUUGCAUAAACGCAUUCACUGUAGUGACCGGCCGCAUAAGUGCGAGGUAUGUGGCAAAGGAUUUCUACAAAAGCUUACACUGCGACAGCACUUGAAUACCCACACUGGCAGGCGCCCGUACAAAUGUGAUAUAUGUGACAAAAUGUUUACCCUGCGUGGUAACUUAGCUGUACACAAACUUAUUCACGGGGGUGAUCGUCCGCAUAAAUGCGAGAUAUGUGACAAACAAUUCAUUCAGCAGUAUCACCUGAAGCUACAUAUGUUAAAGCACACUGGCGAGCGGCCAUACAAUUGCGAGAUAUGUAACAAAAAACUUCUUUCACAAUAUACCCUUAAGCAACAUGUGUUAACUCACACUGGCCAGCAGCCGUACAAGUGUGACAUAUGUGACAAAGCAUUCACCCGGCAGGACCACCUAGCUUCACACAAACUGACUCAUACUGGCGAAGAGCCCUACAAAUGUGAUAUAUGUGGUAAGUUAUUUAAUACCCAGAGUACCCUAACAGGGCAUAAACGCAUACACAGUAAUGACCGGCCGCAGAAGUGCGAGGUAUGUGACAAAAAAUUCGCUAACUUACAUUACCUGAAGCUACAUAUUUUAACCCACACUGGCAAGCGACCAUAUAAAUGCGAGGUAUGUGACAAAACAUACAUUCUGGAGGCCCACUUAAAUGAACACUUGUUAACCCACACUAGCGAGCGGCCGUACAAAUGUGUUAUAUGCGGUAAAUUAUUUAACCGCCAGAGUAGUUUAACCGUACACAAACAAAUUCACAGUAAUGAACGGUCGUAUAAGUGCGAGAUAUGUGACAGAAAAUUCCUUUGGCAGCAUAACCUAAAGAAUCAUAUGUUACUUCACACUGGUGAGCGCCCGUACAAAUGUGAUAUAUGUGGUAAAUCUUUUUAUGGCGAUAGCGCCUUGAAUAGACACAAACUAAUUCAUAGUAAUGAACGGCCGCAUAAGUGCGAGAUAUGUCACAAACAAUUCCGUCUGCAGUCAAACCUGAAAAAACAUGUGGUUAUUCACACACGCAAGCGACCGUACAAACGAAAAGUAUGUGACAAAAUUUUCGUCCAGCAGGAUCACCUAGUUUCAAACACACUCCCUCAUACUGGCGAAGAACCGUACAAAUGUGGUGAAUCCUACACUAUGCAGAGUACCUUCACAUUGGCUGAACACAUUCACAAUAGUGAUCUACCGCAUAAGUGCGAGGUAUGUGGCAAAGGAUAUCUACGAAAACAUUCCUUGAAGCGACACUUCUUCACACACACUGGUGAGGGGCAGUACAAAUGUGAAAUUUGUAACGAAGUAUUCGCCCGGCAGGAUAAUUUAGUUUCACACAAACUCAAGCACACUGGCGGAAGAUCGUACAAAUGUGAUGAAUGUGACAAAUCAUUCAAUCAUAAGAAAAACUUAGUCAGGCACAGGCUCCUUCACGGUGAAUUCCCACGUAAGUGCGAGGUAUGUGACAAACAAUUCCUUCAGGAUCAUUCCCUACAGCGGCACGUUAACACUCACACAUCUGCGCGCCCGUUCAAAUGUGAUGAAUGUGGCAAAUCAUUUACCCAGAUGAAAUUCUUGGUCAAGCACAAUCUCAUUCACAGUAAUGAUUUGGCACAUAAUUGCGAGAUAUGUGACAAAAAAUUCCUCACUAAGCCCCAUCUGAGGCAGCAUAUGUUAAUCCACACUGGCAAGCGGAUGUUCGAAUGUGAUAUAUGUAGCAAAGCAUUUAACUAUCAGAGUACGUUAAUCUCGCACAAACAUACUCACAGUAACGAACUGCCGUAUAAGUGUGAGACAUGUGGCAAAGAAUUCCGACAGAAGCAUUACCUGAAGCGACACGCUACCACUCAUACUGGCGAGCGCCCGUUCAAAUGUGAUGUAUGUGGCAAAUCAUAUACCCAGAAGAAAAUCUUGAUCAAGCACAGACUCAGUCAUAGUAAUGAACUCCCGUAUAAGUGCGAGUUAUGUGACAAACAAUUUCUUCAGGAGCAUUUCCUGCAGCGACAUAUUCGCUUUCAUACAGCUGCGCGCCCAUUCCAAUGUGAUAUAUGUGGUAAAGCAUUCACACGGAAGAGUCGCCUACUGCGACACGUUUUUAUUCACACUGGUGAGCAGCCGUACAAAUGUGAUAUAUGUGGCAAUUCGUUUAACCAGAAGGAUAACUUGGCCAAGCACAAACUCAUUCACAGUAAAGUGAAAUUGUUUGCGAUUAAAAAUUUCUAUUUCAUGGAGCUUGUGAACGGAUUUUCUGCCCCAGUUACAACGGUGAAGGAAACUACCGAAAGGAUCAGCGCUCCUGUACACGAGACAACGAUACCACUAAAAAGGAUUGUCACUAACAGCGAUCUCUCAACAGUGUCGGAUGCAUUAUGGAGGCUUAGAGAUGCGACAGACACGCCUUCGAAGCAAAAAGAUCGAGCCGACACUGGUGAGCGGCCCUGCGAAUGUGAUUUAUGUGGCAAAUCUUUUAAGGGUAAGAGUAUUUUGAACAGGCACAGAAAUUUUCAUAGCAAUGAACGGCCGUAUACGUGCGAGAUAUGUGGCAAAGAAUUCUUUCAGAAGCAUCUGCUUAAGCGACAUGUGUUAACUCAUACUGGCGAGCGGCCGUAUAAAUGUGAUAUAUGUGAUAAGUCAUUUACCCGUCAAAGUAUCUUAACUUUGCACAGACACAUUCAUAGUAAUGAACUGCCGUAUAAGUGCGGGGUAUGUGACAAAGCAUUCCUUCAGAGGCAACAUCUAAAGGAACAUGCGGCAUCCCAUACUAGCGAGCGGCCGUACAAAUGCGAUAUAUGCGGCAAAUCAUUUAAGUUGAAGAGUGUUUUGAACAGACACAGAAAUAUUCAUUGUAAUGAACUGUCACAUGAGUGCGAGAUAUGUGACAAAAAAUUCCUUCUGCGGCAAACCCUGAAGAAACAUUUGUUAAACCACACUGGCGAACGGCCGUACAAAUGUGAUAUAUGUGGUAAAUCAUAUAAGGAGAAAAGUGUUUUGACCAAACACAAAAAUAUUCACAGUAAUGAACUGCCGCAUAAGUGCGAGAUAUGCGACAAAAAAUUUCUUUUGCGACAAAGCCUGAAGCGACAUGUGUUAAACCACACUGACGAGCGGCCAUAUGAAUGUGAUAUAUGUGGCAAAUCAUUUAAUGGAAAGCAUAACAUCAUCAAGCACAGACAUAUUCACAGUAAUGAGCUGCCGCACAAGUGUGGAAUAUGUCCCAAGAAAUUCCUUUUGCCGCAUCACCUGAAGCGACAUGUGUUGAUCCACACAGGCGAGCGGCCGUACAAAUGUGAUAUGUGUGCCAAAUCUUUUACCCGUCAGAGUAUCUUAAAUUUGCAUGAACGUAUUCACAGCAGUGAACUACCGCAUAAGUGCGAGGUAUGCGGCAAAGAUUUCCUUCAAAAGCAUCAACUGAAGCAACAUGUGCUAAACCACACUGGUGAGCGACCGUACGUGUGUGACAUAUGUGGCAAAUCAUUUAAGGGGACGAGCACUUUGAACAGGCACAGAAAUAUUCACAGUAAUGAACGCCCGCAUAAUUGUGAAAUAUGUGGCAAAGAAUUCCUUCAGAAGCAACAUCUGCUGCGACACUUCCGAAUACACAUUGGUGAGCGACCCAAGAAAAUGUGAUAUAUGUGGCAAAGCAAGUUCAGUUUUUUACGUUCCAUAAAGGCGGUCAACAUAAUCCUGUUUGUAAUAUGUUAAGAGCCUUUAUUUUUAUAAUUGGGUCAAUUAAUGAAGAAUAAAAUUCUCCUUUUAUUUCAUAAA